GUUGAACAUGACAGACUAUGCGCUCUGAGGACAGCUCAACCCUCUCCCCGUGUGACGUGAAGGACCUCCUCCUCCGACACACAGCAGCAGUGAUGGCGGACUACGACAACUACGAGGAUCGGGACCGGGCCUACGGGAGCUUCGGCGGCGGCAGAGGGCCCCGGGCAGGCGGCAGGAAGCAGAAGGAGCUUCCCACGGAGCCUCCCUUCACGGCGUACGUUGGGAACCUGCCGCUGAACGCCGUGCAGGGCGACAUCGACAUCAUCUUCAAAGAGCUCAACAUGCGCAGCGUGAGGCUGGUCCGCGACAAAGAAACAGACAAGUUCAAAGGUCAGUGCCACGAAGUCGCUGGCCUUGAUUUGAUUUAUUUCGAAUGUGUAAAGAAAUUAUGAUAAUAAUUAAAUGAA